AUAUCUUUUGAUUUCUCUCACCUCUCUUUUUCUUUCCGACAAAAGACAAAGUGCUCUAGCCAUAAUUCAUGAUCUGUGUACAGAUACAUUGACGUUAUGGCGAUGUACAAACUGAACAAGCUCCACCUACAUCUCACUGACGACGAGGGCUGGAGGAUUGACAUACCUGGUCUUGAGGAGCUCACCCAGGUUGGAGCCAAAAGAUGCCACGACGUUACAGAGACUCGAUGUCUCUUACCUUUCUUGGGCACAGGGCCGUACUCCGGCCCACCUGGCUCCGGCUUUUACACAGUGGAGGACUACAGGUGUGGGACUAAAUGCGUGUCAUCGUGACGAAAUCAGGCACUCACCUAAAUAAUGAAAUCGAAGAAACGGGCAUUUUUCUGGUUGUUAGAAAAUUUUUAUAU